AGUUUCGAAGAUCCGAAUAUGGCAUUUAUUGCUGUUACUCUCGAGAGUGAAGUAGUUCAAGAUCGCUUUUGUAUCUUUUCAAUUGUUCAUUAGCUUGUACGUGUUUAUUUGAAAAUUGGAAAUAUUGUUAUAUUCACUUUUUAAGAAUUAGGUGCCAAUUUUGAAUGAGGGUCUUUUCCUGGAAAAUUCAUUGAGUAAAGAAUAAAUUCGAGAAAGGUAAAGUGCUGAUAUUACCUUUCUCUUGUUUUUUUUUAUGUGCUAUUACGGCCAGUGAGCGUAUUGUGCUAAUUAUAAAAGUGCUGAGUUUGUACUGCUAUCUAUAAUUCGUACGAUCUACCUUAGAGUUAUUUUUCUUUGGUGUCUUUCCUUUUUUUCCGGUGUGGAUAAUGAAUUUCUGAAGUGUUUUGUGAAAUUCUUCUAGGUAUAAAAAUUAUCGUCAGAGAGUGUGUGUUUACUUAUCCUGAAUGAGGAUAGUAUUUGAAUUUCGAAGACUUGUCAUCUGCCGACAUCAUGGUGGCAUCGAACGAUUGCCAUAUGGAGUUAACAGAAGAUGAAAAAGCCGCAAUUAAUUUCUUUCUCCGCCUGUCAACUGACGCCGAUACCAUUCCCUGCGACAAUGACUUAACCGAUUUUGAGCUAACACUGCCCAGCUGGUUCGAUGGUGCCAAAUACAAACGUGCUCAAGAAUAUUUCGCAAAUAAUCGUGGCCCGAUAUUGAAUUCAAAUAUGGCUGGUUUGAUCUCCCUGUUGGCCCAGCAAAAAGGACUUGAAGUUUUGUGCUCGACGGGACGCUCCAGUACCGCUAAUACAGCAAGAAAACGAUAUGCUUCAACCAUUUUGCAAACCAUAAUUUGGUAUGAGUAUGAUCUGACUCCUGGCUCCAAAUCGUGGAAGUCCUUGAUGAGAGUGAGGAAGCUGCACUUAAAUGCUUCGAAGUCUGCACAAAGUAAAAAAAUAGGGAUAAUUAAUCAGACAGAAAUGGCAAUUACUCAAUUUGGAUUCAUGGGAUUUGCAUUGAUCCGUCCAGACAUUUUUGGGAUAAGUCAUGACAAUCAUGAAGAUAUAGAAGCAUUUGUCCAUUUUUGGGCUGUUUUGGGAUAUAUGCUGGGAAUCAAGGAUGAAUUCAACCUUUGUCUUCUGCCAGUCAAUGUAGUUAAGAAAGCGUCGGAAAUCAUCAUGCGCUAUUUCAUCUUGGCAGCGGUACAGCUGGAAACGCCACAAUUUAAAGCAAUGACUCAAGCCUUGCUAGACGGAUUAUCACAUUUUAUGCCAUUUAUGACGUACGAAAUACAAAUGUUUCUGACAAGGAGGGCUGCUUGCGUCCCAGGAUAUCAAUACAAUAUGAGUUUAGAUACUGAAAAGCAUUGCCGUUCAGUUUUUUCAACUGAGAAUAUUCAGCAUUUCCUGAAAGAUCGUGCCAGGACCACGGGAUAUGAAUUCAUGGAGUUCACAUUUUUAUACAAAAUUCCAGUUUAUAAUUUCACCACGUAUGAGAUACAGAAUGAAGUGGAGGGAAAUGCGGUAAAGCAGAACACCAAAGUACCCGAAGAUACCGUAGUAGAAAACGGAAAAAGUAGACCAAUGGAUGACGGAUUCAGUGCUAGGUUAAGAAAAUAUUUGGGAUUGACUGAAAGGACGAGUAUCACUCUUACCCUGGUUGACUAUGAAACUGAGUGGGAGCACGCGUUAGGUGACUCCAGGUUUUACGAACUGAGCGCUGAAAAUAAAAAAACGCUAGUGCUCGUAGACCGGCUGAGAAAAUUUUUUGUUCAGACUAAAAUUGGAGCUCAAGUAAUGGAUUGGUUAAUGAGUGUUAUCUUGUGGCGUUUCCGGAGAUACUCGAGUACGUCAUAGAAUGUUUAUUAGGAGACCGCCAAUCAAAGAUGAAGUGUGAGAGAGUUGUUCAGGAAACUAUAUCAAACUUAACUCAUCAUAUGAUUAUAACAUUAUAAUACCUGUAGGGAGGAUACUCGGAAAGUAAGGACUAUUGGGUUAUCUGUUAAAAAUAAAUUUAGAAAGAAAUAUA